AUGUCUUCCCAACAAGACCCAGCCCCUUCCGCUAGCCGCCCUCACCAACCCCAGCGCAGCAUUCUUCGAGACCUACCCGAGGAAGUCCAAGUACUCAUCGUUGAAAACAUCAGCGCAGACGAUGACACUAACGUUGAAACUCUUGGGAGUCUGACUCAGACUUGCACUGAUCUGUACCGCAUCGCCCGCCGCGAUUUCUUUCGCGCCAAUAACUUCAAAGUCUUCCGGAAGGCGGUUGAAUCAGCUGACGUCUCCUUGAUGAGUCGGUGCGAGGAGUAUGAUGCUGCGCCUGUUCACUUGACGUGGUGUGUCGAGCCGUCGAUGAAGGAGUAUCGACCCAUUGACGCCUUGCUCCUCAACCUGGACGAGCGUCUGGAUAAUGGGCGCAGCGAACAGUUUCAGGAUGAAAUUCGUGGCAAAGUCUUUGAGUCCCUGAAGUGGCUUCUUGAGAGGGGCGCCGAUGCUGAGGCCAACUGGUUCAGUGAAUCACUCAAAGAUGAGCUGCCUCCGGAGAGAGAGAACAUGGGCUUUGGACAUAUGCCCACCCGACUCCUAAAGCAGCUUCAAGUCAAUAUUGGCAAGCGCGGAGUUGAUGUUUAUCUCGACAUGAUUGAGUUGCUGAGCAGCCAUGGAUUCCCAAACCCAACCCGAGCCGACGCUCUCGUGGGAUUGGUAGCCAUGGACAGCGAACCAUACCACCAGUCGGCCGUGACUUGGAUGACCAAAACGCAUUACCCUUUUUGUGACAGAACUAUGAGGGCAAAAUAUUUCGUGAGCUCACCACUGGACCUGUCAUUAAAGCCACACAUCCCUCCCCGCCUGCUGGAGCUGAUGCUGAAGGAGUAUGCCAGUCGAGGUAUUAAGUUGAGAGAUUGGUAUGAUCGGUGCCCAGACGGCCUUGAAACAACCGCACGAGGGCACUGGAGAAAUGGUUGCUGGUGGGAACAUCACGGGCUUGUUAACGGGCUUGUCGGGGAACUUCAUGCCGCCGUGCACAGCCCAACCCUAACCCAUUGGAAGGAAUCGUGGCAUGGAGAGGUUGCUGACGAUUUCCGCCAAAAGGUCAACAUCAUGGUCAAGUACCAGAUGAUUGACGAAGAAGAGGAGGCUCUUUUGAGAAGUUUACUUAAAGCUCUCGAUUCAAUCACGGCUGAGAUCGUAGCGGCUGGAGGCUUACGCGAUGAACACUUUAAAACAUCGUGGAUAAAGCUCUGCGAUGCGGUGCGGCCGUUCCUCAGCGAUGAAUAUGAUCUUUUCUAUGAUGCUGCUGUUACAAGACCACCUGGCCCAAGACGGGUCCACAAGUUCAUAAUCGGAGACUGGUGGAAUCCGUGGGAGGAGUACUUUGUACAAUCUGAUGCCUGGAGACGUCUAAAGCUGACCAAGGAGGCUUUGGGCGAGGAGGAGUUCUCUAAGCAGACGCAACGAUGCUGGGAGGGCCACUAUGACUUUGAAGGGGAAUUCCUGCAUGGGUAUUUUACUUGGGAGGAUAUGCCCGAAUGGGACGAAGUUGAUUAUGAAGAGUGGCGCCGGUGUUUCUUGAAGACUUUUACUCUCGAUCGGAUUCUCGCAGGUAAUCACUUUUGGAUCUCGAAGCAUCUGAAGACAGAGCUGGAGAAAUGGUGCGAGGCGAAUGGAGGGAGCACUGAUGAUGUAUCUCUGGGCUUCAAAUGGUGGAAACAGCGCAUACCUACGAUCAAAUCAGAAUAG